ACGCCAUGACUUAUUCCAACAUGUCAGCCAGCGACGUUGGGCUGGUGUCGCUUGCUGAACUCAUACGGCAUCAUCGUGAGCUUUUGGUGGAUCCAUUAUUCUGGACCUCCCGCCAUCUGGAGAUGAUGGGAUGUCGGUUUAAACAUGUUGACAAUGUCUCCCAGGUACAGCAUCCCCAAGACUACCACCAACAGCCCUCUGAGGGCCUACCUAAUGAAGGGGAGUCGGAAGCGCUGUCACUCGCCAAGAGUUUCUCGCUCCAAGGAAAGCUGAAUGCUCUUACAAAUAUUCUGCUGUCGGAGGGUAGCAUCUUGGACAAACGCAGGAAAGGGCCUGGCUUCAUUUUCGCCGGUCGGCCUGUUCAUCGACCACACUACACCGUCUUUUAUCGCAGCGAUCAGCCCAACCGACCGAUCUGUCAAGAACCACUGCCCAUGAUUGGCUAUUUGAAUUACACAAAUGUCAGUGGUCUUCGGUGGCACAAAUUUAAACCUCAACAUCAUUACCGUGGAGGAGAUAAUUCUGCUAUUCGGCCAAUGUCCAAGGAAAAGCUAGUCACUCCGAAGGAAUGGAAGGAGGACCCCUACUUUGUCUGUGUUUUACUGUCGCUUGCCCAACUCCAAGAGCGUCUUUUGGGACCCGAAAUGCGAACAAGUCAUUUGUCCCGUCUUCUCGUGGCAAGCCCUAUGGAUAGAGAAUUCAUCCAUAUUUACGACGCUGAAAUCACAUCCAACCUCCUAGCUAUGCUUGACACCCCGACUACUUCCACAAUAAAAACCAACUUCCCCACCAUCGAACACAGGCAAAUCCCCUUCAGACCUUUCAAGACCUUCCAGAGACGAAUUUGGUCUGCACUGUUGGUUAAUAAGUUUCCGCCUCAUGUUGCGGAUGUUCCGAACUGUACUCGCUUGAAAGUGAUCAACCAACAUUUGAAACGACCACUUGAGCAAGAUGAUGAUGAUGAACGUCACAAGCGAAGUCGAGCAUCAUGAAUGGCUUGUUAUACGCAAAAGGCGACUACUUCUUGGAGUGACGUCUAUAUCACCCACUUCCAUAACAAAUGAAUGAGUGACAGGAGCGUGUGCUUUUAGGGAAGGAGGAUCACAUCAAAAGCAAUAAUGAGUGAAAUGGUGCAGAGCCAAGCUACAGUGACUGACCAGAUCGCAACCAUCCGUCCCUGCUGUACAAAGAUGUACAUAUACAGCAAGAAGUCCAAGUUGUUUUCCAAUCAACUUGCUCUUUGUAUAGAUGGGCAGGAAUUAUUUCCGAUGUUGCGGCUUUUUUCCUGAGCAGCAAUAGCCUCAAAUCACAAAAUGCGAGACGGUGAUUCAGGGACUGUGGGAGCUGGCAGCGAUGCAGCAUAACACAAGCAACCUAGUGAUGCAGGGCCUCGGCGAAUCAAGGGUGCCCACUGUGGGGGAUGCGACUUGGAGACUACCAUAACGCUCCGGUGUCGGCGGAACCGUAGCGGCCUCAGGCCCGCCACGGUAUGUGCGUGUGCGGCUAGUUUACACCAUUUCUCUCUAUCUGUUGCUGCCCAAGCAAGACAGCAAACCCCCGCAUAGCAUCUGUACACGAAGGAAGCUAGAUCGGGUCUAUGAAUAUUGAUUGAUUGAGUAGGCACGAGAAAUGCUUCUCAGAAUCGACAGGUGAUCAAUCAUGCUAAAUUUACGACAUUAACCAGCUACGAUUAUUUCGGAAGGAAGUUGCCUAUUAUUUGAGUACCUUUUGAGCACUUGGGAACAAUUUUCGGUUCCGCUAUUCAUGGCCUACUUCGUUUGAUCGCUCUUAUUUACGUAUAUUAUUUUGCUCGGUCCAAAUUCAUCUAUCCGCAGAUCGGUGCGAAUGUACCAAUCCUAAUUAUAUAUUCUUUUUGC